UUCUGGACUCGCUUUGGGUCCCCGCCUGGGCUCCCGGCCAGGUGGCCCCCGACCUGUGACCCCCUCAAUCCCCUGGAGAUGCUGGUCCCUGGGCUCUGAAAAGAGAAGUUCCCCCCAGGGGUCGGCCGCGCCCCUUCCUGUCCCCGCCCCGCGGGCUGCCCCAGGCUGGUGUUAGUGGCAGCCCCAGAACCCGGACCGUGGGGUGCUGGUGAGGCCUGGCCCGGGCGGCCCGCCGUGUGACCCUGAGCACCCCCAAGCCUCCGCCUGCCCACGCUUGCCAUCGCCAUCUCUCUGCCUGCACCCCCCUUCCUCUCCCGGAGUCUCCAGGAUGGUGAGGUGGUUUCACCGCGACCUCAGUGGGCUGGAUGCAGAGACCCUGCUCAAAGGCCGGGGCGUCCACGGGAGCUUCCUGGCGCGGCCCAGUCGCAAGAACCAGGGCGACUUUUCCCUCUCCGUCAGGGUGGGGGACCAGGUGACGCACAUUCGGAUCCAGAACUCGGGGGAUUUCUACGACCUGUACGGCGGGGAGAAGUUCGCCACGCUCACUGAGCUAGUGGAGUACUACACACAGCAACACGGCGUCCUCCAGGACCGCGACGGCACCAUCAUCCACCUCAAGUACCCCCUCAACUGCUCGGACCCCACCAGCGAGAGGUGGUACCAUGGCCACAUGUCCGGGGGGCAGGCGGAGACGCUGCUUCAGAGCAAGGGGGAACCCUGGACGUUUCUGGUGCGUGAGAGUCUCAGCCAGCCCGGGGACUUCGUCCUCUCGGUGCUCAGCGACCAGCCCAAGGCCGGCCCGGGCUCGGCGCUCCGGGUCACACACAUCAAGGUCAUGUGUGAGCAGGGGGGUCGCUACACGGUGGGGGGCGCCGAGACCUUCGACAGCCUCACAGACCUGGUGGAGCACUUCAAGAAGGUGGGCAUCGAGGAGGCGUCGGGGACCAUGGUCUACCUGCGCCAGCCCUACUACGCCACGCGGGUGAACGCGGCGGACAUUGAGAACCGGGUCUUGGAGCUGAACAAGAAGGCGGAGUGCGAGGACACGGCCAAGGCUGGCUUCUGGGAGGAGUUUGAGAGUCUGCAGAAACAGGAGGCCAAGAACUUGUACCAGCGCACCGAAGGGCAGCGGCCCGAGAACAAGAGCAAGAACCGCUACAAAAACAUCCUUCCCUUCGACCACAGCCGCGUCGUCCUCCAGGGACGGGACAGCAACAUCGUGGGUUCUGACUACAUCAAUGCCAAUUACGUCAAGAAUCAGCUGCUAGGCCCCGAUGACAACGCUAAGACCUACAUCGCCAGCCAGGGCUGCCUGGACGCCACGGUCAAUGACUUCUGGCAGAUGGUGUGGCAGGAGAACACGCGUGUCAUCGUCAUGACCACCAGAGAGGUGGAGAAAGGCCGGAACAAAUGUGUCCCGUACUGGCCCCAGGUGGGCACUCAGCGCGUCUAUGGCCCCUAUGCUGUGACCAACUGUGAGGAGCAGGAGAAAGCCGAGUACAAACUCCGCCUCUUACAGGUGUCGCCCAAAGAACACGGGGAGCUGAUUCGGGACAUCUGGCACUACCAGUACCUGAGCUGGCCGGACCAUGGCGUCCCCAGUGAGCCUGGGGGCGUCCUCAGCUUCCUGGACCAGAUCAACCAGCAGCAGGAGAGCCAGCCUCACGCGGGGCCCAUCAUUGUCCACUGCAGUGCAGGCAUCGGCCGCACGGGCACCAUCAUUGUCAUCGACAUGCUCAUGGAGAGCAUCUCCACCAAGGGGCUGGACUGUGACAUCGACAUCCAGAAGACCAUCCAGAUGGUGCGCGCCCAGCGCUCGGGCAUGGUACAGACGGAGGCUCAGUACAAGUUCAUUUACGUGGCCAUCGCCCAGUUCAUCGAGACCACCAAGAAGAAGCUAGAGGUCAUCCAGAACCAGAAGGGGCGGGAGUCAGAGUAUGGGAACAUCACCUACCCCCUGGCCAUGAAGAACGCGCAUGCCAAGGCCACACGCACCUCCUCCAGACACAAGGAGGAGGUGUACGAGAACCUGCAGAGCAAGAACAAGAAGGAGGAGAAGUUGAAGAAGCAGCAGCGGUCGUCGGGAGAGAAGGAGAAGAGCAAGGGGUCCCUGAAGCGGAAGUGAGCUGAGCUCCGAGCCCAGGGGAUGGCCCGCAUGCCCAGAGUCCUGGAUGCCCGCCUGCCUGUGCCCGCGGCUCUGCGCUCUCCCCGGGUGCCCUCCGGACCUCACCUGCUCGGUGACAGCCCCUCACCCCCUUCUCUCUGCAGCCUGGGUAGCGUCUGGCUGCAGACUCGGCCACCAGCCAGCGGAUGCCCCGGCCUGAACCCAGUCGAUUGUAAUUUAAAUGGCGUGUCCCUCCCUCUCCCUGACCUGUACAUAACCCCGUGAGGCCCCAGGCUGGGCCCAGCC